AUGGCGCACAUUGUUGAUGGGGACAGCCAUAUUGGCCGCUACCUGACUGCGCAGCCUGAACUGAAUACUUCGCUCGAGUACAAUGGCGACUCCGGCGUGCUGUACGACGCCUCAAUGGCCAGCAAGGCACAUGCACGCACCGCGCUUGUUGCCGGUGCUGGCAUGAGCCGUGCUACGGCGGCCAAAUACGCCCAAUUCGUCGGCCCCGGCAUGCUGUCGGGUCUGAUGGUCGCCCCCAAAUCUCUUGAACAUGACAAGAACAAGGCACCAGCAUCCUCUCUUGGAUCCCAGCUUGGGAAACUGUCAGAUGCACUACGUCUUGGAAACAAGCACACUGAGAUGCAAUGGAUCGGACCGACCACUCUCGACCUGGACCGCUCUUCCGAUAUCCCACGCUAUCACGGAAUGGCCUCGUUGCUCGAGGUCGAUGACGGACUUGCUGGAACCGAACAGGGGGCCGAAGUCAGCGUUAUUCUGCCGAUGAAGAUCUGCGGUGCGCUCGCUUCCAUGGGCUACGACUCCAAGACCGUCCAUAAUGUGGGAAAGCUUGUACGCAAUAAUAUGAUGAGCGCCGACGCACCUGUCUCGGACAAGCCUAUGGCGUUCUCCAGCAUUCCUUCGGCCGUCGAGAACAUGCUUGAUGGCCUCUUCAAGCCGUGGUGGCCCAACCAAAAGCGGGUCAGAUCGGUUCAUUACAAUUCCAAUGAGCCGGUCCUGCUUAUCAACGAUUCUGGGCGUUGCGGAGGCGUCAAGCUUGGGAGUGUUGUGACUGAGGCGCUGGAGCAGCUCCAAAAGAAGCACAACACAUGGCCAGUCCGCGUGUAUGCCGGCAACUUCAUCGAAGGCGAUGAUCCGAAUGGACCCGAAUUCUCCAUCACCUUACUGAACGUCGUCAACACCGAUAUCGGCGGACCGUCCAUGAUCCAAUUGCUGGAUCAUCCAUGCAACACUCUUGGAUGGAAUGGCUGCAUGCGUCGCGAGGUCUGGAAUGGCCGCGACCUGCUCGAGCGAGUUCAGCAGGAAGACGAGGUAGUCGGCAAAAUGCGAGGUCUGACCACGGACGAGAAUGCCGCAGACGCAGGCGGUCGCGAAGACGGCGAGAUGGACGGCGAGGGUGAGGAGACCGAGACCGAGGAUGACAAGUCUCCAUUCUCGUAUGAUGAUCCGUAUGCCAACCGCACUCCUGUUCAUCAUCCGACCUGGGACCAUACAACCAAAUCGGAGAGCCUGAUUGACAUAGUCAAGAAUCAGGGCUCCAGUGAUCCGCCUGGUGCAAAACCUGGUGACAGUCCCAAGAGUGAGGAGGGAAGCCUCGACAAAGGUGCUGAGAAGAAGCGCCGCACUGAGUCCAGUAGCAGCGAGGGCUUCACAUUCGUGUAG